UAUGAAGUACGAAUGAAUGUGUACAAACGUAUAGGACGUGAAAAAAAUUAAGGAAAAUGUGUGGUCGAAUUUGUUGCUCAUUGGAUCCUGAAACUUUGUGUUGCGCAUGUGGAUAUAAGGAUGCCAAUGGUAAACAACGUAAAUUGGCAUGGGUUAAAACUAAAUUAAAAUAUGAUCCAUCAUAUAAUAUGUGCCCACGAGACAUCCUGCCUUGUAUAGUAUCUGGUUCACAUUUUGAAGAAGAAAAAGAGGAAAGAGUUCUUUGUGCUAUGACAUGGGGGAUGAUUCCACCUUGGUAUCAGGGGGAUUAUAAGAAACGUCCAAAUAAGAUAGCCACUCACAACAGUCGUUUGGAAAACAUACAUUCCUCAACGGUAUAUUCUCCAUCAUUGCAAAAACAACAAAGAUGUAUCGUGAUCUGUGAAGGCUUCUAUGAAUGGAAGCCUGGUACAGAUAGCAAAAUUCAGAAGCAACCAUACUACAUAUAUGCAACUCAAGACAAAGAGAUAAAAGCAGAUGAUCCUACAACAUGGAGUAAUGAAUUUUCUGAGACAGGUGGAUGGAAAGGUUUCAAUGUAUUAAAACUGGCUGGGAUAUUUGGAGUACAUAAAACUGAAGAGGGGAACAUUAUACAUAGCUGCUCCGUUAUUACAAGAGACAGUAACAAAGUAUUGUCUUGGCUACAUGACCGUAUGCCAGUAUGUCUAAGCAACGAGGAAGAAUGUCAAGUAUGGUUAAGUAAAUAUUUAUCGACAGACGCGGCAAUUAAAACAUUAAAUGACAUGGUAUUACAAGAAACUGCACUAAACUGGCAUCCGGUAUCUGUGAUUGUCAAUAAUGGACUCAAUAAAACUAUUGAGUGUAGAAAAAAAAUAAAACCAAAGGAGAUUGGUCAAGCAUCUUUUAUGACUUCUUGGCUGCAGAAAGGAUCAGCAGUUUCAAAUAAAAGAAAAAGCACAGAUGAUAAAGACACAAACAACAAAGAGGAUAAAAAUUGUAAGCACAUACGUAGCGAAUGUGAAGCUUUUGAAUAUACAUGCAAUGAAUCAAAAAAACCACAGAACAAAACCUUAAAUCGCUACAGGGAUGUGGCGCCAUAUGAUCACACUAGGAUUAUACUCAAAAGAGGUGUAUGUGAUUACAUUCAUGCCAAUCUUAUACGGGUGGAUCAUGCUGAAAGACAAUAUAUCCUAACGCAAGGACCUUUGCCAAAUACUAUCAGUCAUUUUUGGUUAAUGGUAUGGGAGCAAAAUAGUAGAGCUGUAUUGAUGUUAAACAAGAUAAUCGAGAAAAACCAAAUCAAAUGUCAUCAAUAUUUUCCAUUGGACGAUGUAAAACCUACUUUAACAUUCGAAGAUGUCAGUAUAAAAGUGGAUUAUAUCAGCAAGAAAGAAUCAUCAGAUUAUACUACUAGAACGUUACGUAUAACGGAUUUGGAAAAUAACGAUAGUAGAGAAGUCUUACAUUUUCAUUAUACUACUUGGCCAGACUUUGGAGUACCACAACGUCCAACGGCCUUUUUACGUUUCUUGGCAGACGUCAGGAAAUCCGGAGCAUUAGAUCAAAAUGUUGGCCCACCCGUCGUUCAUUGUUCUGCAGGAAUAGGAAGAUCGGGAACAUUUUGUUUAGUUGAUGCAUGUCUAGUACUGAUUGAAAAAUAUGGUUUAAAUGCUCUAAAUGUACGGCAUGAAUUGCUGGAAAUGAGACGAUCUCGUAUGGGUCUCAUACAAACACCCGAACAACUUUGUUUUUCAUAUGCUGCCAUCAUUCAAGGAGCAAAACAAUUGCCACUCGAAAACAUGGAUAUGAACAACGAAACAACUCAUGAUGAAAUAAUAACGACUUAUGACGAAAUGAAUAAUAAGAGUAACCAUCCACUAGAAAGAGACGACGAACCUCCUCCUCUACCACCUCCUAGAGGAGAGUCUUUAACUCGAAGUAUGAUGGCAGAUCUAAGUCCGGAUGGUUCAACUGAUAAUGAUGAAGUAAGUGGACCACCUGAUAAACCUUUACCAAGUGAACCACCGAAUCAUGUAGAAUUAUCAGAUACAAACCUAUCUACAUCUAUUUCAAAUUACGUAUGCGAACAACAUACAGAUGAUGGCAUAGUACUUGACGAAGAUCUUUCCAAUGACGCUAAGAACUCUAUUCUAACAAACAAUUCUCCGUCCAAUUCAGACGCGAAAGGGGAUGUACGUCGGCGCAAAACGGAAAAAAAUGAACGACUAGCUACGCAAAUACGCGAGAUGAAACGUCGACGGAAGGAGAUGGAAGAAUGGCAGAAAUUCAAGAGGUCAUUAUUUAACCCUCUUAAAAUAAGCUUAGGCAUUGGGAUCGGUGGGGGUAUCAUAGCGAUCUGUUACUACCUGUACAUGCGUAGUUAGAUCUGUCGCAUUUAAGGAUAUCAUACGUACGUAUAUACACACAUCACCUUUCGAACUAUCGAUAACAUUUCGAUGACUUGCAAUCAUAGAAAGUGUUACUCUUAACAUAAGAUUCUGUUGCGAGAUUUUAAUAAUCUUGGCUGAAAUCUUCGAGAGAGUAACUAAACAAAGGAUUUUGUAUCACACGAUAGUAAAAUCACAUCGCCAGCAAUAUCGCAAACGUCUCCGUUAUCGAAAGAACAAGCAAUGAGCAAAAGAAAUAAUUAAAAAACAAUAGAAAAGAAAUAAAACAAUGCUAGAAACUGCAAGGUAGUACAU